GGAAAAACAUUUCUGUUCCGUUUCUUUAACAGCAGGUCACAGCGCAGGGACAGCCAUGGUGAACGGAGACGGCGCCCACACAGAGGAGGGAGAGUCGAAGCAGGACGGGAACAGCGAGGCGGACGGCGGCGAGGACUCCAACGAACAGGAAGUGAUAGUGAUCCAGGACACGGGCUUCACCGUCAAGAUCCAGGCGCCCGGAACCGAGCCGUUCGACCUGCAGGUGUCCCCCCAGGAAAUGGUGCAGGAAAUCCACCAGGUGUUGAUGGACCGGGAGGACACCUGCCACCGCACCUGCUUCUCCCUGCAGCUGGACGGGAACGUGCUGGACAACUUCGCCGAGCUCAAGUCCAUCGAGGGUCUGCAGGAAGGAUCGCUGCUCAAAGUGGUUGAAGAACCGUACACUGUGCGCGAGGCCCGCAUUCAUGUGCGGCACAUCAGAGACCUGCUGAAAAGCCUGGACCCCUCAGAUGCCUACAACGGCGUGGACUGCAACUCGCUGUCCUUCCUCAGCAUCUUCACUGACGGAGACCUCGGAGACAGUGGAAAGCGAAAGAAGAAGGGCACCGAGCUGGAGCAGAUCGACUGCACCCCUCCGGAGCACAUCCUGCCUGGCAGCAAAGAGCGCCCCCUGGUGCCCCUCCAGCCACAGAACAAAGACUGGAAGCCCAUGCAGUGCCUGAAGGUCCUGACCAUGAGCGGCUGGAACCCUCCGCCUGGAAACAGGAAGAUGCACGGCGACCUCAUGUACCUGUACAUCGUGACCGUGGAGGAGCGCCACGUCAGCGUCACGGCCUCAACGCGAGGCUUCUACCUCAAUCAAUCAACAACCUACACCUUCAGCCCCAAGCCAGCUAACCCCAGCUUCCUGAGCCACUCUCUGGUGGAGCUGCUGAGCCAGAUCAGUCCUGCCUUCAAGAAGAACUUUACCUCGCUGCAAAAGAAAAGGGUGCAGAGACAUCCGUUUGAAAGGAUAGCCACGCCUUUCCAGGUGUACAGCUGGACGGCUCCGCAGGUGGAUCACGCCAUGGACUGCGUCAGAGCUGAGGACGCCUACACCUCCCGCCUUGGCUAUGAGGAGCACAUACCGGGACAGACCAGAGAUUGGAACGAGGAGCUGCAGACCACCCGGGAGCUGCCGCGCAAGAACUUACCUGAGCGACUGCUGCGGGAGAGAGCCAUUUUUAAGGUCCACAGUGACUUUGCAGCUGCUGCCACUCGCGGGGCCAUGGCCGUCAUCGAUGGCAACGUCAUGGCAAUCAACCCCGGCGAGGAAACGCGCAUGCAGAUGUUCAUCUGGAACAACAUCUUCUUCAGUCUGGGCUUCGACGUGCGGGACCACUAUCGUGAGCUCGGUGGCGAUGCCGCCGCCCACGCUGCGCCGACUAAUGACUUGAACGGAGUACGUGCUUACGGGGCGGUGGACGUGGAGGGUCUCUACACCCUGGGCACAGUGGUAGUGGACUACAGGGGGUACAGAGUAACUGCACAGUCCAUCAUCCCAGGGAUCCUGGAGCGAGAGCAGGAGCAGAGCGUCAUCUACGGCUCCAUUGAUUUUGGAAAGACGGUUGUGUCUCACGGCAAAUAUCUGGAGCUGCUCGAUAAAACCAGCAGGCCACUGAAGGUGCAGCAGCACAAAGUGCUGAAUGAGAAGGAAGAGUCAGUGGAGCUGUGCUCCUCCGUUGAAUGCAAAGGCAUCAUUGGUAACGACGGCAGACACUACAUCCUGGACCUUCUUCGAACCUUCCCUCCUGACUUGAACUUCCUGCCUGUGGAUGGAGAGGAGCUGUCUGCAGAGAGCCAGCGUCAAGGUUUCCCCCGGCAGCAUCGUCAUCGCUUGGCUUGUCUUCGCCAGGAGCUCAUCGAGGCCUUCGUCGAGCACAGAUAUCUUCUUUUUAUGAAGAUGGCAGCGAUACAGCUAAUGCAGCAAAAGGCAAACAAGGACUCUAGCAAAACAGACGUGCCCGCCAUUGCCGAGACCUCGGCGACAGACGGCGGCGUUGGUUCCACACAGACUGCCGCUGCACAAGCGUCGGCAAACAGCACAGACCCGACAGACAACAACAGCACCUCUGCUGCCCCACAAAUGGCACCUGAAAGUGAAGAAAGCUCCUCAAAGCCCACAACAAACGGGCCUGUGGAUCCCACAGGCCCCCAGAAUGGGGAAUGCAGAAGCCCAUUGGAGGAUCCUAAAAGCCGCGAGGUGGUUCUGAACGCCUGCAGGGCCGUGGGCUCCAUCAGCAACACUUCGUUUGAUAUUCGCUUCAACCCCGACAUCUUCUCCCCAGGGGUGCGUUUCCCAGACGACACGUUGGAGGACGUCCAGAAGCAGAAGCAGCUCCUCAAAGACGUCGCUGCCUUCCUGGUCACCUGUCAGAUCCCGUCUCUGGUUAAAGACUGUUUGGACCACAGCACUCUGCCCAUGGACGGAGCCACGCUGACGGAGGCCUUGCACCAGAGAGGCAUCAACGUCCGCUACCUGGGGACAGUCUUGGAGUUUGUGGACAAGACCCCCGCCAAAGCCCAGCUCGAGCAUUUCUACAGGAUAGGAAUCGUUGAGCUGAUCACAAGGUGUGCAAAACACAUCUUCAGGACAUACCUGCAGGGCGUGGAGCUCUCGGCUCUCUCUGCUGCAGUCAGCCACUUCCUCAACUGCUUCCUGAGCUCCUUCCCCGACGCCGUCGCUCACCUGCCUCCCGACGAGCUCGUGUCGCGUCGCAAGAGCCGCAAGCGUCGCAACAGGGUCCCCGGCGGCGGUGACAACACGGCGUGGGCCAGCCUGACGCCCAGCGAGCUGUGGAAGAACAUCGCCACCGAGGCUCAGAGCUACUAUCACUUCAAAAUGCAGUGCGAGAGCGUCGACCAGGUUGUGGAGAAGUACGGCCUGCAGAAAACCACCCUGCUCAGAGAGAUCUCAGUCAAAACUGGCAUCCAGAUCCUGUUGAAGGAGUACAAUUUCGACAGCCGUCACAAGCCGGCCUUCACGGAGGAGGACAUCCUGAACAUUUUCCCCGUCGUCAAACACGUGAACCCCAAAGCCUCCGACGCCUUCCACUUCUUCCAGAGCGGCCAGGCUAAAGUUCAGCAAGGUUUUCUGAAAGAAGGUUGCGAACUGAUCAAUGAGGCUCUGAACCUCUUCAACAACGUUUAUGGAGCCAUGCACGUAGAGAUCUGCGCCUGUCUACGCCUGCUGGCCCGCCUAAACUACAUCAUGGGAGACCACCCUGAGGCUCUCAGCAACCAGCAAAAGGCGGUUCUGAUGAGCGAAAGAGUCCUCGGCAUUGAGCAUCCCAACACAAUCCAAGAAUACAUGCAUUUGGCUCUUUACUGCUUCGCCAACGGCCAGCUUUCAACCGCCCUGAAGCUGCUCUAUCGGGCUCGUUACCUCAUGCUGUUGGUGUGCGGGGAGGACCACCCAGAGAUGGCACUAAUAGAUAGUAAUAUCGGGCUGGUGCUUCACGGAGUGAUGGAGUAUGAUCUAUCCCUGAGAUUCCUGGAGAACGCUCUGACCGUCAACACAAAGUAUCACGGAGCUCGUUCCCUCAAAGUGGCUCUCAGCCAUCAUCUGGUUGCCAGGGUGUAUGAGAGCAAGGCAGAGUUUCGCUCGGCUUUGCAGCACGAGAAGGAGGGCUACACCAUCUACAAGAACCAGAUGGGCGAGGCUCACGAGAAGACCAAGGAGAGCUCAGAGUACCUGAAGUAUCUGACCCAGCAGGCUGUGGCUCUGCAGAGAACCAUGAACGAGAUCUACAAGAACGGCUCCAACGCCAGCAUCAUGCCGCUGAAGUUCACCGCUCCCAGCAUGGCCAGCAUCCUGGAACAGCUCAACAUCAUCAACGGCAUCAUCUUUAUUCCACUCAGUCAAAAGGAUCUGGAGAACCUGAAGGCAGAGGUGCAGAGGCGGCAGCAGCUGCAGGAGCUGGGAAAGAGCGAGGAGCCCGCAGAGAGCAGCCCACUCGAACUAGAAGACAAAAUCCCUGUCGAUUAACUUCCAGCAGCUCCAGGCACGGCUGCUUUCUGCUUAAAGAAAAUAAGAGAGGAGAGAGAGGCUGUGACGCGACAGCCAAGCGACGGAGCCUGUGGACCUGAAAACUAAGUAAAUCAGCUUUGAAAUAAACAGGGUGAGGGUGGGGUCAGAGAAGUCCUGGGAAGACAAACCGUAUGGACUGUAGGACAAACGAAUGCAGAGCAGGGGCUUCCUACAAAGUAGGAGAGGGAGGGAGCAGAAAUUACAAAUGACAUAGAUUCAGUGUAAAGGUGCAAUCAGAGUAAAACUGGGCUCACGAAAGGCGUCCCUGACGAGUGUCGGCUGCUUAGACAAAUUUACAUUUGGAAAAGAAACGGCUGCAGCUGGAGGAGAGAGACCAAGAAUGACCAUGACAUUAUGUACCAGAGCCUUAUCUGCCAUAUCAUCACCCCGAAACCACGCUUCUUUUAAGACGCCUCAAAGGUGCUCCGAAUGAAACGGCACCGAGCCUGGCCAAGAACUCAGGCCGUGUUACCACUGUGCACGAACAGACCCGAAUAAAGGCAGUAAGCCAGAGAUUCGUUUCCAACGGGGGCCGCAGAAUGUAAACUCCCAUCUUUAAGUCACUUUGUAGCAAUCAGAGUUCAUCCGUAAACCUCCCCGAUCAGUCAUGGGUUUAAUUUGUUCCGUCGUUUGUACGUGCUUCGUCCCAGGACGGGCGCUUUGAACCGAUCACUUCAUUUGUUUUAAUUUGGUGGGGUUUAUUUUGUUUGGGUUUUUGUUUGUAUGUUUUUAAUGUGUGUUGAUCAUCAGUAAAUUUAAGCCAUGUUUGUUUUAUGGAAAAUGUAUAGAAAUGGGGAAAGGGGGAUGUAUAGAGAUGUAUAAAUCUUGAUUGGAUCUAGUUGGUGUUAAGGGAAAUCACAGAUCUCGAAUACGUCCACUUUAAGCCGUAGAUAUAUCCAGAUAUAAAUAUAAAUAUAUACUAGCUGUGUUCAAUCUUUUAUUUUUACAUUCAAACAAAACAGAAUAUACAUGCAUGUGUGUUUGACGGUGUGCGUCUGUGUGUAGUCUGACCGGAAAAUCUGCCGAGCAGGACUGUUUGCUUUCCAAAUGUUUUAUACCUCCGCACACGUGAAAGCUGUUCAAACGCUGAUGCAUAUUUUCUUAAAACAUUCAUGGCCACCAAUGUUGUUGUAAAUCUGCUUACGUAUGAAGUUGGUUGCUCUACUCAUCACCGCACAAGGUCUCACUUUUGGACUGUGUUUUUUUUUUUUUAAUGUUGUUUUGUUUGUUUUUAUUUUUGUUCUGGCUUUCGGAGAUUUAAAAACUAGCCAAGGUUGAGCGGCACUUUUCUGGUGCAUCUGCAUGACCAAAAGAGGGCAAAGAGCAGGUAUGAUGUUGCAAAAAAGAAGAAAAAAAAGACUGAUAAAAAUCUGUUUGUAUACAUGCAAUGUUUCCCAUCUAUUGUAAUUUCCUUACAUUGUUGCAGUGUGUAGAUGUGUGAUUAAAGCAAUAGAGAGGGGA